AUGGUUAACUCUCAGCUUUUGAAAGACUUGGAAAUCCUAGCUGGAAAUGAUGUCGAUAGUCGUUCAAAGGCCAUUGCUGACAUUAUAGAAAUUGUUUCCAAGAAUAAGAUUGAUAAUGUUGUAUGUACUAAAUAUAAAAAUAGUCUAUGUAAGAAUAAUGAGGUUUUGAAUUAUUUAUUGAAUAGACUUAUUCGUGGUAUAUCAUCUGGCCGUCAUUCUGCUCGAAUAGGAUUCGCAAUAUGCUUAUCGUUAACUAUUAAAAAAUGGCAAAUUUUACUUUUCCCUGAUGAAAUUCUAAAGGUAUUCUUCAAAUUCACAGAUGUAAACAAAAAUGAUUCUAAGAGGGAAGUUAAAGAUUCUAUGCUUGGUAUGAUUUGGGGGUCAUUUGCGUUUCAUCAGGGGGAUAUGAUUCGAUUGAUGAGUGAUGAAAGAAUUUCUGAAUUAAUUGAAAGGUUAGCUCAAGUUUGUUUUAAAAGGCCUCCUUUCACUCAAUGUGCUUCUCUUGUUUUAUUUUUGAUUGCAAGGGAUUCUUCCAAGAUUAAUUAUAUCCCUAAGGAUUUUGAAGAUUUACAAACAGAAAUAUUGAUAGCGAGAGAGAAUCACUUUGAAUUAAAAUCUAAUGAUUUAUGGGAAAGGAUUAAAUUGAAUCUUUUAAAGGUUUCCAAUUUAUACCCAUUAAUUCCUAUUUCAUGGUUUGCCGCUUUUGAAUAUUUAAAUAAUCCUGAUGAAUUUUUUAAUCUUUGGUAUCUAUUUUCUUCUGAAAUCUUUACAAAAUAUCAAUCCAAUGAAAUCACAUUUAUAGCUAUCUUGUUUUCGCCAGUAAUAUUACUAUUAUCUAUAGAAAAGCCUAAUGGUAUAUAUAAUUUCUUUAAAAAUGGAUUAGAUUUUAUAAAAUAUUUAGCGUGUCCUAAAGGAACACUUAUGGAAGUAUCACAAUCAUCUCUUAACACAAUUUCAUCGAUUCUUGGUAAAAUGGAACAUUCUAAUGAAAUACUGAAUUCAUUCAUUACACUUUCAACGCUAUUAGGUCACCGCCUUAUAUCAUCUAUUAAUAUAUCAUUUUCUAGUUUUGACAUUCUUGAAUACAUCUAUGCCGCAGAUGUUGAUAAUAGACUGUAUAAAUUGUUUUUGUCAAUUGAAGAUUCUAUCACAUUUUCCGUUCCUAUAAAUGAAAUUAUCCAACGUGUAGACUUCUUCAUGUGGUUUGCAAACUACAGUAAACGUUACAGCUUCAAUAUUGUGUCCAUAAUUUCCAAGCAAACUAUCAAAUUAUAUGGUAAAAAUGCGCUUAUAUAUGCUAAAGUCCUAAACAGGCUAUUGUCAUCAAAAAAGUUUGAAUUAUUCAAGGAUGAGAUUAAUUAUUAUCAAAGUGAAGCUUUACAUUCGUGUUUCAUGGUUUCAGAAUGGUAUAACUCUUGUAUAUCUGACUCUAAAAUUAUGAAAGGAAUAUCAAAAGUUCUUUUGAAAGCACAAAAUCAUGAAAAAUCUGACAAAUUACUUUCAAAACUUGCUUUGAAAUUGGUAAUGUGUUCAGGAUCUAGUCCAGAGAUUGGUUUAGCUCAUACCAUAGGAUUUAUAAUUUGGAAUGAAAAAUCUAUUUAUUUACCUAAAUCCCUAUUAUAUGAACUAGUUGAUCCCGAUUUAAAUUUAUUAGAAUACUUCAAAACAACACAUCAUGUUGAAGAAGAUGUUGUGUUGGAUGAAUAUGGCAUUACAUCAAUAUUAAUGCGAGAUGAUCCAUUUGUAAAGAAAUUAAGAUCUUCCACUCCAUCUAAAUGGUCAUUUGAGCACAUUGAGAGGAGAAUGACUUGCUUGGAAAUGCUUAGAAUAUAUAUAAAUUCAUGGAUUAAGGCUGAUAAUAAGACCGGGAUUUUGAAUCAAAAAAUCACUUUAGAAAUUAUUAUAUCACUAUUUGGAGCAUUUGUUAAAUCAUUUUUAAAAGAUUAUUCAAGCAAUACUAAUAACUUGAAAUCAUUUUCUGAUAAAUUGCAAAAUGUCAUUAUGCAAAUUGUAAAGCUUUUGAAGUUCAAUCAUCCACGGCAAUAUAGGAUCAAAAUCUCUCAAAAAAGAAUAUUUGAAUUGUGUAACACAAGUAAAAUGGAUAAAAAUUCCACGUCAAAAGUUCUCAAUUUAGGGAUUAAGUUAUUGAGGAUUUUGGACGAAUACAAUAAAGACAAGAAUGUAAAAAUCGGUGGCAUUAAUUUGGUAAAUAAGUGUAUUAGCCAUCGUAGUUAUGGAGGAUCUGCUCUAUUACUGCUUGCUACGAAUCUGCCAAGAGUAUUCACAAAUUUUGACCUUGAUAAAGCUAGGGUACCGACCCUUGCGGGAUUGGCUUUGGAAGCUGCUACUAAGGCUAGUAAAAAUCGCAAUGUUGAUAGAGCGGACUUCAUGCCACAACUAAAUAGUGUAUUGGAGUAUCUAAGAAAGAAAUAUGUUUCUUCAUCUGUGCCAAAUUGUAUUGAUAAAGGGUUGAGGAAGUUUUCUCGUUCCAUUAACCCAAACAACAGUAUGCUCGAGGGUGCAAAUGUAAAAUUCUAA